AUGGCAAAUCGACGAUCUUCCUUCACCUACGACGUUUUCAUAACCUUGUUCGGCGACGAUACUCGUUACGGUUUUGCCGGCAAUCUCUGGAAAUCUCUCAGUAACAGAGGAAUCAACACAUUCGUCGAUGACCAUGAGGAGGACCUUUCCAAAGGAGACGAAAUCGCAUCAACACUUUUGAAUGUCAUCAAUGAGUCGAGAAUUUCCAUUAUUGUGUUUUCUAACAACUAUGCUUUUUCUUCCUUUUGCUUGCAGCUACUAGUCUAUAUCCUUGACAGUUUUCACUUGAAUCAUCGGUUUAUUUUCCCUAUUUUUUAUGAUGUGGAUCCUGCUGUUGUAAGAUAUCAAAGAGGAACUUAUGCUGAAGCUUUUUCAAAGCAUGAGAAGAAAUUCAAAGAUAACAAAGACAAAGUUAAGAAAUGGAGGAACACUUUAUAUCAAGUAGCUAACUUGUCUGGAUUUCAUUUCAAACAAGGGGAUGGAUAUGAAUUUGAGUUUAUUGAAAGGAUUGUGGAAGAGAUCUCUAGCAGUUUUGAUCUUGUUCCGGUACAUAUUGCUAAUUACACGGUUGGACUGGAGUCUCGAUUGGAAGAAGUGUGUUUGCUUUUAGAGUUGGAAUCAAAACAAGUCCUCACAGCAGGGAUCUAUGGGGUUGGCGGAAUAGGUAAAACAAUACUUGCUCGAGCAGUUUAUAAUAAGAUUGGAGACCAAUUUGAAGCUUUAUGUUUUCUUCCCAAUGUUAGUGAAAACUCAAAUAUACAUGGACUAGUACACCUCCAAAAUAGGCUUCUUUCAGAAAUGGUUGGAUUGAAAGACAUUCAGUCAGGAAAUGCUAGUACAGGAGUUUCUGUAAUAAAGUAUAGGCUCCGCCGAAAGAAAGUUCUUCUCAUCCUAGAUGAUGUUGACACACUUGAGCAACUAGAAACCUUGGUUGGAGAACUUGAUUGGUUUGGUCCUGGUAGCAGAGUUAUCAUCACAACACGGGACAAACAUUUGCUAGCAUUUCAUGGGUUUGAAAGAAGAUACGAGGUACAAAAGUUGAAUCACGUAGAUGCUCUUGAGUUGCUUAGCCACAGGGUUUUUAAACAAGGCAUUGUUGAUCCAAAUUACACAGAACUUUUAAGCCGAGUUGUAACUUAUGCUUCCGGGAUCCCAUUGGCCUUGGAAGUAAUAGGUUCCAACUUGUCCGGAAAAAGUGUUGACCAAUGGAAACAUACAUUAGAUCGAUUUGAACGGAAUCCUCCCAACAACAUCCAAAAUAUACUUCGAAUAAGCUUCGAUGAUUUGGAUCAAGAGGAGAAGAACGUUUUUCUUGACAUUACUUGUUGCUUUAAAGGAUAUGAAUUGACAGAUGUUGUAGAUAUUCUUUGUGCUCGUUAUGGUCAAGACAUGAAAAAUCAUAUCGAAGUGUUGAUUGACAAGUCUCUCAUACAUAUCAGUUUGGAUGGUAAGGUGACACCAUGUCCCUUGAUAGAGAGCAUGGGUAAAAAAAUUAUCUGUGAUGAAUCGCCAAGUGAUCCUGGGAGUCGUAGUAGAUUAUGGUUCCGAGAAGAUAUAGUUCAAGUCCUAAAAAAUAAUAAGGGAACUAGUAAUAUUGAAAUCAUACAUCUAGAUUCCUCCUUAAUUGAAAAUGAAGAAGCAAUAGAAUGGGACGGAGAGGCCUUUGAGGAGAUGCCAAAUCUCAGAAUACUUAUUAUUAGAAAAUGUCAUUUCUCCAAAGCUCCCAAGUAUCUUCCAAACAGUUUAAAGGUAUUGGAAUGGUGGAGAUAUCCUUCAGAAGAGUUACCAUCUGAUUUUGAUUCAAAGAAACUUGUUAUAUGUAAGCUACCAAACAUGGGCUUCAUGUCACCCGAUCUAAAUGAGUUUUUACAGAUUUCACAUCCUGAUGUUUCCCUGAUUUUAGACAAAAUUGCUAGAGUUAUGUUACAAAUUUCACAUGGGGAUUUUCAAACCGAGAUGACGUGGAGACUAGUUGGCCUUAUGUCAAGUGUAGUUGGCCUGUCAUGUUAUGCUCUAAGCCCUUCUUUCAAUCGAUUAAUUGGAAGGUGGAAACCUUUCAAGUUCUUUCUUUAUGGUGUAUUUUCCUUGGCUAUGUUAACUACCAUAUUAUUUACAAAGCAGUCAUCACUUUCCACGCGACAUUUUCAACUCAAAACUUACGCGAGCUUUGCGGUUUUAUUGAUCAUCUCAGUGUACUCAUUCUUCUACGACAAAGCUGUGAAUGGAAAACCUGAAACACUGAGUAUAGUUUCAAACGCCUCGUUUGCUUUGGUGUCAUUAAGUUUGCACAAACUGAUUAAGUUUGGAUUUGAGAUUGGUAUGUUCUCUUAUUUCUUAGGUUGCUUUGCAAUUCAACUUUUAACCAUCAACUGGAUGUUGAUUUUUGUUGCAAUAUUCUUUGGUUGUCCGCUUUUUCUUAUGCAUUCCUCUAUGAAUUCCCGAGCAGAGGUCGCUGCUGGAAUUCCUCUAUGA